AUGAGUGAGCACGUGCUCUGGAGGAAUAUUGUCAACUAUUUCAAGUACACUUGUUCAGGAUGCGCUACCAUCUUCAACAUUGUUCUUAUUUCUCUUGUCAUUUUUCGCUCUCCCAAGUCAUUGGGCGCAUAUAAAUAUCUCAUGAUUUACAUCUCAGCAUUUGACAUUUUCUACUCAGUUUGGGAUGUAGUCUGGAAACCAGUUGUGUACUCCUAUGGCUCCGCAUUCACAGUUUUCCGUCAUUGCAAGGACUCAUUUUUCAGCCGUGAACUCAGUUUCCACAUGGUGGUUGCAUACUGUGCGUGUUUUACUUUCUCACUGGCCUGUUUCGGUGUUCAUUUUGUUUAUCGGUACGGCUCCCUAAAUAAUGAAUUUCGUGAAAAGUAUAUUAACGGGAAGAAAAUGUGUGUUCUGUUCAUAAUACCAAUUGUGUAUGGAUGUUGGUGGUUUACUAUCAGCGCAACAAUGUUUCAUUUUGAUGACUUCACUGAUGAGUACUUGAAUAUCGGUUUCCAUGAAGAUUUCUAUUAUGACACAAAAGAAGCUGCUAUUAUGGUGAUUCUUUUCUAUUGGCCAAGCAAUGAUGGAAAACUUCACCCAAACUGGAAAACACUGACGGCGAUGGCAAAUGUCUGGUUUAUGAGUUUCACGUCUAUGUUUUGUGUGGGUUACUGUGGCAUAAAAUGCUACAAAACUAUAACCAAAGCGUUUGCGAUAAUUCAGACGCAGUCCAAAGUGGCUAAGACAUUGCAGCACCAGCUCUUCAACGCAUUGGUUAUACAGACUCUCAUACCAGCGGUAUUGAUGUAUCUACCGUUGUUCUUUGUUUUUGCUUUUCCUAUUUUCAAUAUCAAUCUUCCAUUAGCGAGUCCGAUCAUAUCAGUAACCAUCUCUAUUUAUACAGCCAUCGACCCGUUGCCAAGCAUUUUCAUAAUUAAAACGUAUCGGAAGUCAAUCCUCAGAAUGGUGAUGCCAAGUGGCAGGAAAUUAAAAUUUUGUUUCAGGAGGAAUCCUUAA